GGCAGCUGUAGAUUGUGUUCCAAUAGUUGGUCUGGUGAGAACUGGGUGAGUUGUUCAAAUCAGACGCAUACUGGAUCGAACAUCUAUAGGAAUUAGCAAAAAUGAUCUGGAGGCAUGUUUGUCUUUACCUGUUGUGUAACAUGAUCAAACAUUGUUUCUCCACUGGUCUUCAUGCACACAUUUUGCCACUUUCCAGUAUGAGUGACCUACAAACUGAACAAACCAUGUGUCCUCAGACCAAAGAAGGGAAUGGCUUAUUUCCAGGAUUUUACAUUAUGACUCAGUUUAACAUUGCUGAGUUGGCAAGGAGAGGAACGGUAAAGAAAGUGCCUGGAACGACGUCUCAGCAUGUUGCUUAUAAGAUCGGCCCAGAGUUCAAUUUCAGGAUAAACACCAGAUCUGUGUUUCCCAUGGGACUUCCUGAGGAAUUUGCAUUUUCUGCAACAUAUCGGAUGAGUGGGAAUACCCCGAAUAUGAAUUGGAAUCUGUGGCAAAUGCAAGGCCUGAAUGGGAAUGAACAGCUUGCAGUGAGAAUCAACGGGGAGACCCUGUCUGUGGAGUUCGCUUACAGAACCCAUGAAAACAGAGUUAUGACUGCUUCCUUCCCUUAUCAAACACACCUCUUCAAUUCUGAGUGGCACACAAUUUCACUGGUUGUCAAAAAAGGCUCUGUGAGUCUGAUAUCAGACUGCACUGUAACAGAUUCACAGCAGCUGGCACCAAGAGGACAAGUUCAGCUAGAUGGAUUCACUCAUAUUGGGAAACUGAAGGACAGCUCUGCAAUAGCUUUGUCGUUUGAACUGCAGUCAAUGCUGAUCCAUUGUGACUUGACCAUACCACAGAGAGACAGAUGCGAUGACCUCCCUGCCAGGAGACAGGUGAGUUUAAAAGGCUGA